AUGGCCGCCGCGACCCCCAGACAGCCAUUCGUCUGUCUGCGCCGCCUCUCAAAGACCAAACGCACAUACUCUACCACGACGGCAACAUCACCACUCCCACCAUCGCCUCCACCCUCUGGCGCAGCAAAACUAUCCACCCGCCGCUUGAUCUCCCUCCACGGACCCGACGCGCCCAAAUUCCUCCAGGGCAUCUUGACAAACAACGUCAAUCCUACCUCGCAUGCACCCUUCUUCGCCGCAUUCCUGACCGCCCAAGGGAAAGUGCUGCACGAUGUAUUCGUGUAUCCCACUCUGGGCUCGAACUUCCACGCCGAGAACAAUAAGAGCGGGGAUGCUGGGUUUUUAGUCGAGGUGGAUGAGCAACAAACAAGCAAUUUGCUGAAACAUCUGAAACGGCAUAAACUACGGAGUAAAUUCGCACUGAGGGUGUUGGAAGAGGGCGAAUUGGACAUCUGGGCAGCCUGGAGGGAAGAUCAGAAGUGGACCCCUCACUCAAAUAUCAGUGGUGAAGGUUGCAAUACAGAUACUGAAGGUAAUAUUACUAUGGUGGAUACACGAGCAACAGGAUUGGGUCAAAGGAUCUUGUUACCCUCGACGACAUCACUGGGAACCCAUGCUUCCAUGCAAGGAUUACACGAUGCAGGUCUCGACGCCUACACGAUACGCAGAUACAUGCGCGGCGUCCCCGAAGGCCAAGACGAAAUUCCGCGCGACGACGUACUACCCAUGAAUACAAAUUUCGACAUCAUGGGCGGUAUAGAUUUCAAAAAGGGCUGUUACGUGGGCCAAGAACUUACCAUUCGCACUCAUCAUACUGGAGUUGUGAGAAGGCGCGUUUUGCCCGUCUGUCUCUUUGAUGCUUCGUCUGCACCACCAGAGAAGAUUGUUUAUGAUGCAGAGACGGCGUUUGCAACCCCAGAGCGCAACACAGAGAUCAAAAUCCAAGGCAAGAGAGGCAAACCCGGCAAAUGGAUCAAUGGUGUUGGAAACGUCGGAUUGGCAAUGUGCAGGUUGGAACUGAUGACUGAUCUGCAAGUCACCGGCGAGCCCAGCACUUUUAGCUCCGAGGACAGAUUUAUCGUCAAGGGUGCUGGCGCCGAAGAAGAGGCACAAACGCUGGGUAUAAAGGCAUUCGUGCCCGAUUGGAUGAAGAGCAAGAUCCGGGCUCCAAAACUACAAAGGAGGGUUGAGUAA